AUGGAUAGCAGCCCUCUUCAGAUCGCUACUUUCAACUGUAGGAGUGUUAAGCGCUCCGUGGAUGAUGUCAGGAGCCUGUGUCGGACGUGUGGUGUGGUAUGUCUCCAGGAAACCUGGCUACUACCACAUGAUAUUCCAUACCUCGGAACUCUAGACGGUGGCUUUGGGUACACAGCGACAUCAGCAGUGGAUACGUCUGUGAAUAUUUUACGAGGUCGUGCACACGGGGGUGUCGCAAUUUUAUAUAGAUACAGUGCGUUUCAAGAAGUGUCAGUGAUACAAUGUGAUAACCCACGUAUUUGUGCUAUUAAGAUUAGAUUGUGUGAGAGACCGAUUUUAAUAAUUUGUGUUUACAUGCCUACAAAUUCUGAUGAUAAUCUGGACGAAUUUAUAAAUUGUUUAAGUGUAAUUAAUGCCAUUAUUGACGAGCAGGGAAUUGAAUCGGUGUUUAUAAUGGGCGAUUUCAAUGCGGAUCCGGGUAAUUUGUUUUAUAAUGAACUUACGAAUAUUUGUAACGAACAACAGUGGUCAUGUUUGGACGUAGAUAUACUAGGUUUGGAUUCGAAUACGUUCACGUAUAUAAGUGACGUGCACGGAACUACUAGUUGGUUAGAUCAUUGUUUGACAACUUACUCGGCUAAGCAAUCUGUGAUAAAUGUAGACAUUAAAUAUGACACUCGAUGGUCUGAUCACUAUCCACUUGUUAUAACAUGUAACUUAACAUCACUUACCCCUACUGUUUUACCGGACAUUGAACAUAUUAAUACAAAUAUUUUAUGGGGUGUUCGAGAUAAGAAGCAAGUGGAUAUGUAUACAAAAGAGUGCAACGAUCGAUUAAAAAUGAUUGACAUUACUUCAGACCUUUUAAAUUGUAACUGUUUUUGUAAAAGCCAUGAUCACAGGCGUAUUCUGAACGGUUUUUACUCGGACAUUGUGUCUGCUUUGAGAGAGGCGGCGUUGGUGAGUCGUGGGAGUAAGAGACGGUUCGGUGGUGGCUCGCGCGUGGUGGGAUGGAACAAGCACGUCAGCGACGCUCACCGGGUGGCCAGGACUAGUUUCACGAAAUGGGUGCUCUAUGGUAAACCUAAAUCUGGUCUUAUUUAUCACGAGAUGGUUGAAAGUAGAAGAAAGUUUAAAUCACAAUUAAAAUGGUGCCAAGAUCACCAGGAGCAAUUAAGAAUGGAUAUUCUUGUUAAGAAACACUGUAAUGGUGAUUUUCGUGGAUUCUGGCGCGAGACAAGUAAAACGAAUUUACGGCCUGGCCUACCGGUGAGCGUUGAUGGCUCAAGCGCGCCCAAGGACAUAGCUAACAUCUUUAGGGCAAAUUUUUGUGUUAAGUCACAUGUGGGUCCUAUGAUGGAGGUGCACAAUGCUGACAUGAACGAGAAAGGUGAUAGGAUCUCAUUCCUUCCCGAAGAUAUAUAUAAAGUUAUACGACAAAUGGACAGAGGUAAGUCUCCAGGCCACGAUGGACUCAGCAUUGAGCAUCUCCAGCACGCUGGACCUCUUAUUUUUAAGCUAUUGGCUCUGUUUUAUUCACUCUGCGUGGGUCAUUCCUACCUGCCGGAUGAUCUCAUGAAAACGGUAGUAGUUCCUGUCGUGAAAAAUAAAACUGGUAACCUUGCUGACAAACAUAACUACAGGCCGAUAUCGCUUGCCACUAUCAUGGCCAAGGUGUUUGACGGAUUGCUUAACGCGCAGUUGAGAAAACACAUAAAGCUGCACGAUAAUCAAUUCGGUUUUCGCCCUCACCUGUCUACAGAGAGUGCUAUACUGUGCCUUAAGCACACCGUCAAAUAUUACACAAGUCGCAAGACACCUGUGUACGCGUACUUCCUCGAUUUGUCUAAAGCUUUUGACCUGGUCGUAUAUGAUUUACUUUGGAAGAAACUCGAGCGAGUUGGCUUACCGCAGGGAAUUAUAAAUAUAUUUCGAUAUUGGUACGCGAACCAGACCAAUAGCGUUCGAUGGGCGGGGACAAUGUCCGAUCCGUAUCGGCUCGAAUGUGGAGUCAGGCAGGGGGGGUUAACAUCUCCAACACUUUUUAACCUCUACAUGGAUGACCUGAUCGUCGCGCUCAGCAGGCAGCAUGUCGGUUGUCAUGUUGAUGGAGUAUGCGUAAAUAAUAUAAGUUAUGCGGACGACAUGGUACUGCUGAGUGCGUCAAUCAGUGGAAUGAGACAGCUGGUACAGACAUGUGAGGAUUACGCGUGUUAUCAUGGCUUAAAAUAUAAUGUUUUAAAAAGCAAAUGCAUGGUCUUUGGGGCUAUCGGAACAAAAUGCCCCCCGAAUAGCCCACCCGUGCUUCUCUCUGGUGUACCCUUAAAAAUGGUGGAGCAAUUUAAGUAUCUAGGGCAUAUAGUUACUACUUGUCUCAAGGAUGAUGCAGACAUUGAGAGGGAGCUGAGGGCACUGUCAGUUAGAGCGAACAUGUUAGCUCGAAGGUUUGCUCGUUGCUCAGCCCAAGUAAAGAUAACACUUUUUAGAGCAUAUUGUACCUCGUUUUAUACGUGUAGCUUAUGGGCUGACUACACAAAGAAAAGAUACAGUGACCUCCGUGUCCUCUACAAUAAUGCAUUCAGGAUACUGUUGGGGCUGCCCCGAUGCUGCAGCGCCUCAGGCAUGUUUGCAGACGCAAGAACCGACUGCUUCCACACCACCAUGCGUAAGCGAUGCGCAUCUUUUGUGCGUAGAGUAAGGGGCAGCCAAAACAGUGUGCUGAAGAUGAUCGCGGAGCGUUUUGACUGCUUCUACCUCCGGCAUUGCUGCGAUAGACACCUUGCGAUACAAAUGCCGGAGCGAAAGCUUUAA